GUUGGAUUCAAUAAUUAUUUUGUGGUUGUAUAAGAGAAGAACCUUCUUAAUCAGAUCAAUAAUUGAAAACACUUUCUACUCAAAUGGAAAUUCCAAAAUCUAAACCUAUUACCCUUAUUUCCAUUCAAAAUCAAUCAGAAGGUUGGCUCAAAUAAACCACUACUCAAGAAAUAGAUUAUUUUGAAUAAGCAUUACAUGAUAAUUAUUCAGAUGAAGGAAAUAAAAUUUAUAAUAGAUAACUUUCUUAUCUGGAAAAAAAUUCACUUUUACAUAAAACUAGUUUUUCAGAUGUAAUCAAUUGUUUCAUAAUCUCAGGAAUUUAACUCCAAUAAUAUAGAAAUGAAAUUAUUGCAUCGUUGUGGGGGCUUACUGGCUAGACAAAGCAAUAUUUUAAUCGAAAUGCAAUCCUAUCAAUGGAUUAUGAAAAUCUUUAAAGAUGUGUAUUUAACUAAUUAAGACAGAGGAUUCGAAUCCAAAUUUAAAACUUAAAUACUCAACUCUUCUAUUGUUGAUUUAAUCAAUAAAAGAAUUAAAUCAAAUUCUAUUUUAUUAGCUCAUGAUCCUACCGGUUCUAUUUUACUUAAGUUGGCUAGUCAUAAUCGUACUAUCUAUUAUUUAGAAUCUAAUAAGACCUAUAUUGAUUUAAUAGACAAAGGAAUCUGUAAAAUGAAUGUAAAUGUUUGUAAAGUUUUAAAGAUGGAUCUAUAAAAUAAAAUAGACAUAGUUGUUGUAAAUCUUUAUUUUAUAGAUUCUAAACAUAAUCUUAGUAAUAUUAUGCAUGAAUAUCUUUAAUAUGCUCAUGAUAUAAUAAUCAUUUUAUAACCAAAGAUUGAAAAUUCUGUUAUAUAUUCUUAAGCAGAAUAGGCAAUAUCUUUAUCAGAACAAUCUAAAUAAACUUGCAGUGUAGAAUUAUAGAAUCUUGUUGAAAAUAAUAAUUGUAUUGCAAAAAUUUUAUAUUUUGGUGGCGUAAGUGAAGUACUUAUAUUUAUAAAAUAUCAUAGAUUACUUUGAAUGAUGAACUUAAUUUUGUAUAUUCUUGUAUAGAUUCAUCAGUAAAGAAAUUAUACAACUAUAAAUUGAUGUUUAAAGAUCUUCGAAACUAAAUAGGUAUGACAAGAUUAAUAAAAUUACUCAACGAAUUUUAAAUUAUAACUGGGAUUGGAUAAUUUUUUGAGUUCUCCAGUUAUCUUAAUGGAUCAUAAGAAAAAUAUAGAUUAAAUAAUAAUUAAACAUAAGAUUUUGAAGAUUAAAAUAAUGAUGACAAAGAAUAGUUAAUUGAAAAGAAAUAUUCUUCAUCUUCAACUGAAUCAGAACCUGAUGAAGAUUAAAAUUAAGAGAGACCUGAUUUUAGAAGUGAAACUUUAAAUUAAUCAUAAAACUCACUUUAUUAACCACCAAUUCUACGUCAUGCUAGUUCGUAACCAUUUGAUUUAUGA